AUGAGUAAAUUUGGUUUAAAGUUUUCUAUAAAUGUGUACGCACUCCCCUUUGACGACUGCGAUAGUAAACAAAAAUUAGAUAAUGUUUACCUGAAUUCCGAUUCAGAGGAUGAAAUUGUUAACGAAAUUGUUGAAUUUGAUCGAGAAUAUUUUGGCUCGGGUUGGUACUUUUUUAAAUUUAAUAAUUUUAUACAUUGUGAUUUUUAUUAAAGGUAGGUAUUUUAUGAUUGUUAUUUUUCACAAUAGAUGUUUUACCGGUUGCCCAGUCUUGUGUUGAAUCUACUGAGACAAAACUAACAAACAAACCAAAAUGGGAAAAAUAUGGAACGUUUACACCUCAAGCCUACCAUUUUGACUCAUCUAAGGUAUAGUAAUAUUUAAAAAUUACUAGGUAUUCUGAGUAAUCAUUGUAUUACACAAAUCACUCUUUUCCUUUAUAUCUGUUCCUAAACUGUUUGGGCUUGGCUACCUUAGUUCUGAAUCUUCACAAUGUUUAUGCACAUCACAACAGUCUUAUGAUUCCUGAGAGACUCAUGGUUCUCUCAACCAUAUAACAUAAGUCUACUCCACCAACUAUCUAAAUCCGAGACCUUAGACUAGCAGUUUUCAAUUAUUUUUUUGCAUGGAAUGCUCAUUUUUUCAUAUACAAAGAAUUAUUUUGUCUAUAUUUUAUACAAAUAAUUUAUCAGAAAUAUAAAUACAGUUAAUCAGGAUAGAUUAAUUAAUAAUAGAAAAAAAAUGUUUGUUUUAUUUAUAAUUAUAUCUUAUAUUAGCUACAAUUAAAUAUUAUAAAAAAGUAUGUAUACAAACAUAUGUGAAUAAGAGUAAAAUAUUCCCAAACAGUAUUUGUAUAAAAAUUCCUUUAUUUAUCAUUUAUUAUAAUUAAAUAUAUUUGAAAAACAUCCGCUUGUUCAUGUAAAAUCUAGAGGUGCAUUUGCUGAAAGGUUAAUGAUUAUUUAAAAUAAAAACAAUUGUGUAUAUUUAAUGAGUUCAAAAAUAGUUUGACUAAAAUUAUCCAUUACUUAAUUGUAUUUAUUUAUGAAAGUUAAUAAAAUAAGUAGUAAUAUGACUAGCAUCUAAACAGUCUGAACAUCAGAAGAACGAUGAAAUAAGUUUUCAGUUAUUUACUAAAAUAGCCAAUACUUGGUUUCCAUAUAGAUAUGGGCAUCAUUAGAGUAAAAAUAGAUUUAUUGUUUACUCAUGAAUAAUUAUUUUAGUUUAUUUUUUGUUAUCCUGAACCCUACUCAUACUACAGCCAUAGGUUAUAGUGAGUAGAUCACCUUUGUAAUCAUUCAUGUAACAAUAUUAUUAUGAAUUGUAUACAUUUAUUUAUUAGUCAUACAAACAAAAUAAAUAAUGAUGAGUGGUUAAUACUGACUACAAUAGAUAAAUUUACUAUCACUAUAAUUGUACACUACAUAUUUAGUACAUAUAUAGAUCCACUGGAUCUAUUUGUAUUUACCAUACACUUCUAUCUAUUAAAUAAAUACCAAUCAAUCAAGAUUAAUAUUUAAAUAUUUAACAUUCAACUAAUUAAGAAUUUAAAAAUUAAAAAUAGUUUUAAUAAAUGGAAUGACUUAAUCAAAUGAAUAAUGAUAACUAGAUAUUUGGUGUUGACCUAAAGAACACACACAAAAAUGCUCAAAAAAAAAAUAUGCACUUAAAAAAUUUCCAAACAAAUUUACUUAAAUAAUUGAAAACCAUUUAAUUUAUAAAUAAUAAUUAUUAAUACAUAUAAUAUGGGCGUUGGAGUAAUUUAAAAUAUGAAUUGUAAAAUUAAUAGAUGAUAGUAUUUAUCUAAAUUUUAAGUUCAAUUUACAUUAAAGAAAAUAAUUAAUGAAUAAAAACCAAAACGUUGUUAUUUUGCAUACCUACCUUCUGAUACACUAUAGGUAAAAUAAAAAUGUGUCGGUUAAUAAAUGUUGAUAUGGUUAACUGUAUUAUAAUAUGAGAAUGGUAAUCUGUAUCCAUACGCUAUAAAUUGAAAAGCAACAAAAACCUCCCAAUAUUAAUAAAAUUAUUUUUUUGAAUAUAAAAUUUGAGAAAAAUGUCCCACAUUGUACAAAAACUACAGAAAAUGUACUAUAAUAAAAUGUAUAAUACAAUAAAAUUAUGUAAAAAAAACAAUAUGCAUUUAUAGCUAAAAAUGCUAAAAUAUGCAAAAUACAAUUAGCACAUUCUGAAUCAAGGGAGCAUAAAAUUAAUUUUUAGGCUUUAUCUAAAAUAGCAUUUUAUAAGAUCAAGGGGAGGGGGAAAUUCAAUAUUUAUCAAAAUGCUAUCUUUAAUGAUACUUGAUAAGGAUUAUGUAAAUUUGGAUUUUGUUAUAUCUAUAUAAAGUCUUCAUAUUGUUGUCAAGUAUACUUAUACUUUGUUCUAAAUUAGGGCUGACAAAAAUCAGUCAACUGGUGAAUGUGUUUCCACUACAGUAGUUUCUGCCACUAUACAUUAGUUAACCAAUCUUAGAACAAUUAAGACAAUGCUGUGAUUAUAUAUUAUAUAAUAUCAUAUAUUAAAUUAGGUACUUAUAAUAUGUUUAUUAUUGUUUUUUGUUAGAGUGGUUUUCGUAAAGCAGAAUUCAAACUCUCUGAGAAAUCAACUAUCUUGGACUUCUUUGAAGCAUUUGUAACACCUGAUUUAUUACGAAAAAUUGCUCAUGCAACGAAUCUUUAUUGGGAUCAAUUUACUGUUCAACAACCAACUGCCUCUAAGUAUAUAUAUAUAUAUUAAUAAUACCUAUAAAACCAAUUGAUGUGCCUAUUUAAAUAUUUUUACUUUUCAGAAAUUAUAAUUGGACAGAUACUGAUGUUAGUGAGAUGUAUGUUUUUUUGGCCCUGACUAUGGGCAUGCUUAACAGUUAUAAUGUAAAGGAUUUUUGGGACAAAUAUUCAUUUUUUAGUCGACCCUCGUUAAAUUUUCACAUGAGUUAUGAGAGGUACUCGUUAAUAUUGAAAAUGCUGCACUUCAGCAUAAAUGAGGAUCGAAAACCCAAAGAUUGUUUAUUAAAGAUUCGCAUGCCAUUAGAAGACAUAACUAAUAACUUUAAAAACGCAACUAUCCCAAAUGAAAACUUGGCAAUUGAUGCAAGCUUUGUUUUGUGGGAAGAACCUAUGGAUGUCAGACAGUUUCAUAACAAUCAUCCUCAAUACUCAGGAUUAAAAGUGUUUGCACUUGUUGAUAUACAAACAGAUUUCAUUGUUAAUUUACUUGUAUAUACUGGAAUCGAAACAGAAUUUCAUGAAGUUGAUUCAAACCUUGGAAUUUCUGGGAAUGUGGUAAACACAUUAAUGGAACCUUUCCUUUACAAAGGGUACAAACUCUUUAUUAACAGUUUGUAUGUGACACCAUUAUUGGCUAAGUUUCUACUAAAAAAAUAUACUAACAUGACUGGAUCUGUUAAAGAAAACCGUUAUGAUAUACCUAAAUUGAAAUGGAAUCUGAAAGCUGGUCAGACUGACAGUAAUCAUACAGACACCAUGCUUGUUAUUAAAACAAAAUAUCCUGGUUACAAUUAUAUGUUGACAACACAAUUUGAAGAUAGACAAGAUAUUGUUGGAAAACCCCAUCUUCAUGGAUAUGAUAUAACAAAACCAUUAUCUUUGAAUAAAUAUAUUGAAUACAUGAAGUUUAUUGACAACUCUGAAGCUUUACUCUGCCCAUUAGAAGUCCUAAUGAAAAACUUAAAGUGGUAUAAAAAACUUUUUUUUCAUCUUAUUGACCUGUGUUUAUUAAACGCAUUUUCUUCUUAUAAAACCAUAACCAGAAAUUCAAUUUCAUUAAUUGAGUUUCACUGUAAUCUUAUUCAUCAAAUAUUGAAAAAAUAUUCUACUAAAUGUUGUGCACAUCACAAUGGUGAUAGUGUUUAUGGUAUUCCAGAAAUUUGA